CAGAUUGCGGGGGAAACGAUUAAAAAACAUCGCAAACCAACCCAAACCAAACCAAACCCGCUGCGCCCGGCAUCGUGGUGGAGCAGAGGCAAGCGCUGUGUCGAAAAGCAGCCACCACCACCACCGCCGCGCCGAAGCGGAACUAGGCGGAGGAGAAACCAAAGCAAAGCGAAAAAAAAAAAGAAACUCAACGAAAAAAAAGGAAGGGAAAAAAAGAGAGGAAAAAACAAGGGGAGGAAAAGGAAGAGGGGGAAGGGAGACGCCACUGCCAAACCCUAGCCGAGCACCCCCUCCCCUCCUCCUCCCCCAUCGGAGCCUCCUCGCCUCGCCCUCGCCCACCAAGCCCCCGCGCGCGCGCACGUGCAUCCGGCGAUGCGGAAGUCGAAGCAGCCGCAGCCGCAGCCGUCGCCGGAGAUCCGGUACCGGGGCGUGCGGAAGCGGCCGUCGGGGAGGUACGCCGCCGAGAUCCGGGACCCGGCGAAGAAGACCCCGAUCUGGCUGGGUACCUUCGACUCCGCCGAGGUGGCGGCCCGCGCCUACGACGACGCCGCCCGAUCUCUCCGCGGGCCCACCGCGCGGACCAACUUCCCCUUGGCCGCGCCGUCCGCGCCCCCGCCCCGGCCGCCGGCGGCGGCGGCGGCGGCCGCCACGUCCAGCCACAGCAGCACCGUUGAGUCAUGGAGCGGCGGCGCCCCACGCGCCGCCGCAUCCGCCUUAGCCCGCUCCGCCGCCCCCAUGGAGGCGACCCAGGAGGAGGAUUGCCACAGCUACUGCGGCUCCUCUUCGUCCGUCCUCUGCGAGGACGGCAGCGACGACGCGGCCGCCUCUCGCACUCCGCUGCCGUUCGAUCUGAACAUGCCACCUCCGGAGGAGGAGCUAGACAUGGCCGCCGUGGCCGAUCAGAUGGGUAUCCGCUACGACACGCUGCUCCGCCUCUAGCUCGCUAGAACACCAAUGAUUUGGAGUGGGGGGCGAGCUAGAAAAGAUCGAGACAAGCUCUGCUGCUCCGCUCUGCUCCGAUCUCUUCUUCGGCUGAUCCGAUGGUGUUCUCAAACUAGAAAUGGAUAAUUCUUGCCUCCUUUUUCUCUCUUUUUCUCCUUUUUUUUCUUAUUUUCUUACCACGUUGAUGAUUCGAUAUGUGAAUAAUUCUGUGAUGUAAGCUGCGAGCAAGGAAAUCUGAGCUUUUCCUUAUCUUUCGCUGUGGUAUUCCGAGUGAUAUCGCUGUUGUUGUUUCAUUAAUUGGAAAGGUAAUGGAAGAAUGAAGAGGAAUUAUUUAUACACGGUGCAGUUGCUGCUUGCUACUGCUUGAUAUAAGUUCGUGUUGCUCAGAUGAGCACAAUAUACAUAGCAUAAUCUAUGAAUCAAAGUUGUCAAAAUCACAUACAUCUCUUCAUUGCAAUUUCAAGUUUUUCUUAUGAGUAACAUCAUCUGAAAGUUCUAAUCCAAAUGUUGAAUUUUGCAGUGUUUCUCCUUCCUGCUGAUGCUGAUGCCAUCUAUUUUCUUGAUUUCCUAUUUCUCCCAAGGAUUGACCUGAUUGACAUUGCUUCAUUGUUCAUGUUUUGUAGCCUUGAAGCAAUUUCCACUGAAUUGUCGGGAUAGGAAUGUCGUGUUUGUCUGGGUGUCUUAUUGUGAGAAAUUACAGGCGUGUGUGCUCACAACUGUGCUUGCCUAGCUUUUGCCAUCUAUGCAAAUAUACAAGGGAUCCCAAUAUGCCAGCAUUAUGUUCUCUUUUCUUGUGUGUGUCUUUUGGCCACUGUGAAGCUGGAAACAAGAGGUUGAUGCGAACUGGAAGAAGUUAUUUUGGUGAUUCUGGAGUAGGAAACAAAGAGGCUGAAGUGAACUAGAUGAGUUCGUUUUGUUUCAUGUUAAUUACACUUGACAGCAAGGGGGUGGAGUGAGUUAAGGUCCUAAGGAUGUUCUAAUUGUCUGUUAAAACUUCUUGGUGCUGUGUAAGUUUGGAUGCAUUUGCCCCUUCGUUCUAAAGCACAAACCCUGAAUCUGGAUAAGCAUGGUGAUUGGUGUCAAGGCCUUGCUUGGAGCAAUAACCAAUAGGUAUGCAUGCUUGCACGAAUUUUAUAUGAACUUCAAUUGAUCAGGAUUCAGGAACAUGGACUUUGACCUUACUGGGAAGCAACUUCUUGUGUUCAAAUUCUGGUCCUAGAAACAGGCAGAAUUAGCGGGAAGUGAAUAUCUAGCAUGGUUGGUGUUGCAGCUUUUUUAGUUGUGGUCUUGUAGAUACACUGGGGUUGGGUUUCUAUUACUUUGAGUUGUAAGUGCCUGACAAGAAUCCUCUACUGAAGGAUUCUACUACUACUUGGAGUUGUAAGUGCCUGACAGGAAUCCUCUACUGAAUCUAUUGUUGUCAAAAGUUGCAGAACUUUUGAUCUCACUUGGGGAAGAUACCUUCUGUAAA